AUGCAAAUGAAGAUUGCCCUCGAAUAUUCAUCAGUCUUGUCCGGCUCGAUACUCGAAGAAAUCGGGAUGGAUUCGGAUAGAUCAGACGAUCUCCGUAGAUUUUUAACUCCAGGUUUUAGGCACUUGAGUUGGUCAUUGGCUAUGAACUACCGUCCUCAUGUUGUACGAUCUGAAACUUGA